AUGCCGCACAUGACACACGCGACCUUGUCUAGAUAUAUGUCCCCGUGGCCAGAUUCGACAAAGAAGGCGUGGACGAUGCCUGGCAGGAGAAUAUGUGGCACACCGUGGACCAUCCCCUUGUGGCGACGCGUGGUGGCAAAGUACACUUUUACGACGAGGUACACCACUACAAUGCAUGCCACGUGCACGAGGCACAGCCACCCGAGGCGGGUCAAACUGCCAAAUUGGACCACCCCACUGGUACACGUCGCUUGGAUUCCCAAGAGAGAAUACGUGCAUGUUGGAUGCAGCGAGAUGGACACUGUGUGGGGCGUGGUGACCUGGAUGAUCGUGAGCACAACCCAGACCAAGGCGGUGCUGAUGUGGGCAUGGAGGGUCACGUCGGGGUCGGAAAACGGAAGCAAAAAAUCAUGCAGGACCACCGUGAGCCAUGUGGCCUCGCCAGCGAUGACCAUCGUGUUGAAUAGAGUGGGCGGGUCUGCCACCAGAGACGAAAACCCAUCGUGA